AUGAAAAUAUUCUAAAAAGUAAAAUAAUUAGCUACUCCAUACACACUCCAUCUAAAAAGUUCACCUGUUGUUGUUAUGGACACUUUUUGUGAAAAAGGAAAUGAGUAGAAAUUUAAUGUUUUUACAGAUUAACUCAUAGGAGGUGAUAGUAAAGGUGUUGUUGUCUUUAAGGAAGAAGACGAAGCUGUUACAUUCUUGGGGUAAAUCCAAAUUGAUAAGAAAAAGUAAUUAGAAUCAUUACCUUAUGUUGGAAUUGAAUAUAAAUAUUCGAAAUCAGUCAAUAUCGCCAAAUUUACAAAAAUCCUCUUUAAAAUGAGAACAGAUGGUUAAAUCUAUAAAAUAAGAAUAGGAGUUAACUCAUCAUAUGAUUUUGGAUAACAUCACGCUUAUGCAUACAUUGUUGAUUAAUCUUAAAUGUGGAAUACUUAUUCAAUACCUUUUAAAAACUUUGAACAUUAAGGCUUUGAUAAAGAUGUACAGAGUCUUGAGUUAUCAGCAGAAGGCUUAUAAUUAUAUUAAUUCGACAUUAUGAAAGAAUCAAAAAUUAAUGAGAAGAUUGCUGUUCAAAUAAAAGAGUUUGCUCUCUCUUAGGAAGAAUUAACAGAAUAAGAAAUUAAUUUUAAAAGACCAAUAUUUUACAAAUAUUUGCAAAAAUAAGAUAUUCUGGACACAGGGAGAGAAAAAUAUAAUUAAAUGAUGCAUAAUGUUAAUUAGAAAUCAAAUCCAAAUGGCAAAAGCAUAAAUAACUGGUACGAUUGA